AUGGCUGGAAAUAUGAGACCUCAAGUGAUCCAACUGUAUAAAACCCUUCUUCAUCUGGGCAAAGACUAUCCUAAAGGCUAUGACUAUUUUCGGGGCAAGUUAAAGGCAGCCUUCUUGAAAAACAAGGAUGUGAGAGAUGAAAAAGAAAUUGAAUUGUUAUUAGGCCGUGGACAAUAUAUUGUAAAAGAACUUGAAGCUUUAUAUAUGUUAAAGAAAUACAGGACUUUAAAGAGACGUUAUUAUCCAAAUUAG